CAGUGGUUUACGUUUGUUUGGCACUUUUAUUGUGACGGAGUGGCCCGGAAGUGUAGCAGCCACUGAUAUUAGCAGAGCUCAGGCUUCUAACGCUCAAAUUGUGAAGUUUUAACAAGAGGACGAAACAGAGACUGUCUUUCUCUGAUAUUUCAGUGUAAUGGCACAACAGCUAAAAGACAAAGAAGCUUACCAGAGACUGAACUAUCUGUACCAGGCUGCUCACUGUGUUUUAUCUCAGAACCCAGAGAAUGUGGAGCUGGCUCGUUUCUACAGCUUCACACAGAGGACCGUAGCGAGACGUCUGGUUCUCAGACAAGAUCCAUCAGUGAAGAGGACAAUAUGCAAGAAGUGCUUCUCUUUACUUAUCCCUGGUGUGACUGCUACAACAAGACAACAAAGGAAAAACCGCAAGACUCGCUUCACUGUUGUGAGGUGUCUCAGCUGUGGGCAGAGCAAGACACUGCUGAAUAAUCCAGAUUAUUGUUUAUGGGUAGAUAACCCCAAGGCUCAGAUGGAUCAACAAAAACAACCAGAUUCAGGCCAUUCUGCUCAACACCAGACAAAAAAAGACAAAAAAGCUGAUGGGUCUAAAUCCUCUAAAUCCAGCACCACCCAGAGUAAAGACAGCACAUAACAGCAGUUUCUCUCUUCUGACUUUGAUAUUUUGAUGACUGAUGUUUCUUUUUUUUUAAAUAAAGUAUAUGCUGCUGUGUUGAACACGCAGAAUCAGAGGAAGCUGCUGUAUGUGUCUAAAAGCCAACUCUUCACUUCUGUUUUACAUUAAUUCCAUUCUGUUGAUUUAGAAUAUGUUUUGGCCUCUGAACCAUCUGUAGCUUGUAUCACUGCCUGUUAUGGAGUCAUUCUUGAUGCCACCAAAUGCUCUAGAUUUCAUUGAAAAUAGCAGAAAACAAUUGUGAAAGUUUGUACAUUUUAGGUAUUAAUGUUAUUAUUAUUAUUGUUUAUCACAAUUAUUUGACAGUUUGCAGAUGCUUGUUAGGUUGAGGUAAAAAUAUCUUGACCAAUUGUUAUCUAUUAUCUACUUUCCUAAAGGGCUGAUUGUAGUUUCUUUCACAUUUUCUUCUUCUCUCCUUUGUCUCCUUUGGGCACUCUGAAACGAGUCUUCUGGAAAUAGAGAAGGUUCUUGGCAAAAAUCCUUGGAAUAUGACCCAUGUACAAGAGCAGAGCCAGGAUCAUGCCUAGAAAACAGACCAGUCACUGUAAGCAGAGUGUUCACUUUGAAGAACUGACACUGACAUGCAUGUAUAUUGAAUUUAAUUAUAGCUUACCCGUGAGCGGGCCCAGCCAGUAGACCACCAUGUACUCUGUGAGGGUAAAUCCAGGGCAGUGGAAGGUGAGGCCGUAAGACAAAGAUGGAUUUAUAUAAGCUGAGGUGAAGCCGCUGGCUGCAAAAAGGAAAAUCAAAUUUGUUAGUUUUUCUUUAUGCAAAAGAAAGGGGACAACAUUUUUUUAUAACUGUCCAAAAUACAAACAUUUAAAGCUCAGAGCUUUAAAUGUAUGAUAAGAAAAUGAAGGUGGAGACCAAUUGAUUUAAUCUUAUUAAUAAUUUGAUUGUAAACAAGUGAUUGAAAACAUUUUGUGUGAUUAUUUCAUGUCACAGUCUGAACAUCUGUUGUAAGUUUCUUCUUCAUUAAAAGAAAAAACUGAAGCACGA